AGCGUGACUGAGCUGUAAAAGCAAGACUUGUGAGUUUGCGAUACGGUUUUUCUCGUGUGAAUCAAACUCGCGUAAAUUUUACGGAUGAAAAUAUAGAGAUAGAGCAUGCAUAUAUCUAACGUGAGAAUCGCAUUCCUGAAAUUCUCUGUUUAGCAGAGCAGACUUUUUUUAAAUUACAAAAAAUAAAAGAAGUGCGAUUUACUUUGCAGUCUUUCGUAUAGGAUACAUAAAGAGACUCUACGUUUGACGUAUGAAAAGAUGGUGACCGAUUGAUAUAGCAAGGUUUAAUGAUAACGCAAAUCCCAAGUGUUUCCAUUAAUUUUCAUCGCGAUAAGAUCGUUAAUCAAGCGAGGGAUGGACGACGGCGGAUCGCCGUUAGGGAUAUCGUAAAUAGCCGGAGACGUCGAUUUCGGUGUUACAAAGGAAUAAUUUGAUAGAAGAAUUAUGAAUUCUUUAGAUAUUAUUUUGAAUUAUAAUUAACUUUAUACAAUGUCCCAUUGCGAGGAAGAAGCAGUAUCGCCUGGUUUUCACCAAUUGAGUAUAACAAUUGAAGCAGCAAUAUUAAGAAGUUCAACUUUCUUAAAGCCUAAUCCAUAUAUAGAGUUCUCAGUUGAUGAUAAAAGUCCUCGUAAAACAGAAGUAUCAAAGUCUACAUACCAGCCAAAAUGGAACGAAGAAUUUACUGUACUUGUCACACCAUAUUCACAAUUGCACUUUCGACUGCUUGACCAUAGUACAUUUCGUAAAGAUACAUUAAUAGGAGAAAAACGGAUAAGCCUAUUCCAAGUUUUAUCACAUUAUAAUGGAAAAUUAGAAAAUUUAGAAUUAACAUUUGAUUUAAUGAGUGAGAGCAAGCAUGAUUCUCAAUUAUGUAAAGUUGGUGAAUUGAUUACGGUAUUUGAUGGACUUAGAAUUGAUACUACUAAUGAGGCACCGGUAAAUAUUAAUGAGCCACUCUGCCAAAUACAAUCGGAUGGUGCCACAAACAAUGAUACAAUGAAUAAUCGAAGUAUUCUCAACGGUGGGGUCCGUGCGCGUAUGAGAUUGCACAGUUCAGAUAGUCUUGCACCGUCUAUGUGUCGUUUGACAAAUAUCCAUCUCAGUCCCAAUUACAACAGUGGAAACAGUCAAACAAAUAGCAACAUAGCAAACAUUGGACCUUCUACAAUAGUUUCCAGUGUGGACGGUACGUCGAGUAAUAAUGUUAGCAGCAGCAGCAGUCUCUCUACAAAUACUUUAAUGAACGGACAUGCGAUUCCAAUAGUGGAUAAAUCUAUGAUGUCCCCGGGAAAUCGGCAUGCCGCAGACAUACGAACUUUCGCAGGUAGAUUGACUAUUAAAGAGCAAUCUCCGGCGUCGGCUAAUUCGUCGGAAGGCCGAGUGUACAGGCGAGGCAGUUAUGGCAAUUUGACGGAGCAGCAGUCCAUGAUGGCCAAAUCGGAUCUACGUAGUAUACAGCGAUCAGAACAAUCUUCUUCAAUGAUCUCCGGACAGCAAACGUGCGCGGCGGAUGUUCGCGGCAUUUUGCGACAAGAUCAGCCGGUAGAUAAUUCCGGUGCUUCUCAGGUCGACUUGAACGUGUCCCUACAUGCAGACACACGUGGUAGCGGUGGUGCUCUACGAAUAGAACAACCGACUGUUAUCCCGACUUCACCAGACGGUCGUGUAAUGACACGCUCGGAACACACGUUACGAAUCGAACAACCGACAGUUGUCGCGACUCUACCAGAUGGUCGUGUAGUGACACGAGCGGAACAAUCGACUAGCGGCAAUCAUCUAGCGGAUGAUUUACGUGAAACGAGACAGCCUACAGAACAGUCUACGAACGUUCGGCGGGUGAGUACAACAAAUGAAGAUCUACGUGCGAUAAGACAACCGGAACAAUCCAUCGCGAACAGCAUUCGUGUAUCCGAAGAUAUACGUGGAAUAAGACAACAGACCGAACAAUCGACGAACAACAUUCGUCUGAACGAAGAUUCGAGAGGAAUGAGACAAUCCGAACAAUCCGUUCGAGUUGAGGAUCUACGCGCGACGAGGCAACAACCUACAGAACAAUCUACAAGCGUACGCCUGCAGGAGGAUUUACGAGUUCCUCGCGCAGAACAGUCAUUAAAUGCGGAUCUACGUGGUGUUUCACGUUGUGCUGGUCAACAAAACGCGAAUAUUCUGCCAACAGACGGUCACCGCACCACAUCAUCCGUUUCUCGAUCGGAACAAUCGGCGAUGUUUUCAUUGCCCGACGGACGAACUAUUUCUAUCGCGGAACACAUGUCCUCCCCUGCCGCAUUACCGGAUCCUCGUUCUGGUGUGUCGCGAAUUCCGCAGACCUCAGUUGCAGUACCGGGACAAUCUAUGGCUGUAUCCGCGACAGCGCAACCAGGAUCCUCGGUACUACUCGCUGAAGAUGUCGGUCAUUCCGAAGAACCUUUACCGCCCGGUUGGGAAAUGAGAUACGAUCUGUAUGGGAGAAGAUAUUACGUCGAUCAUAAUACUCGAAGCACAUCUUGGGAAAGACCCCAGCCUUUGCCUCCUGGAUGGGAAGUUCGUCGGGAUCCAAGAGGUAGAAUUUAUUACGUCGAUCAUAAUACAAGAAGUACUACGUGGCAAAGGCCAAAUACAGAGAGAUUACAGCAUUUCCAACAUUGGCAAGGUGAAAGACAAUAUGUCGUUCAACAAGGCAAUCAAAGGUUUCUUUAUCCUCAGGCUCAUGGAAGUCAAGUUGCUGCGGGUCCGUCAACGUCCGUGGUCGACGAUGACGAUGCUCUGGGACCAUUACCGGCCGGUUGGGAAAGACGAAAGCAACCGGAGGGAAGAGUUUAUUACGUAAAUCAUAAGAACAGAACUACGCAGUGGGAGGAUCCGCGAACGCAGGGUCAGGAAACUGGAUUGGAUGAACCACCGUUACCGGACGGAUGGGAAAUACGAUUAACAGAAGAUGGAGUUCGUUAUUUUGUCGAUCACAACACCCGAACGACAACAUUUCAGGAUCCAAGACCUGGUGCACCCAAAGGUCCCAAAGGUGUAUAUCGUGUUCCACGUGCAUAUGAGAGAUCAUUCCGAUGGAAAUUGUCUCAGUUUCGAUUCUUAUGUCAGACUAAUGCGCUGCCUAACCAUAUUAAGAUUAGCGUUAGUCGGCAAACAUUGUUCGAGGAUUCUUAUCAUCAAAUAAUGAAUGCAGAAGCUUUCGCACUAAGACGACGAUUAUACAUAAUAUUUAAAGGAGAAGAGGGUCUCGACUAUGGAGGUGUAUCUAGGGAAUGGUUUUUCUUACUGAGUCAUGAAGUUUUGAACCCGAUGUACUGCCUAUUCGAAUAUGCCAAUAAAAGCAAUUACAGUUUGCAAAUAAAUCCGGCAUCGUACGUCAAUCCUGAUCAUUUGCAAUAUUUCAAAUUUAUUGGCAGGUUUAUUGCAAUGGCUCUUUAUCAUGGUCGAUUCAUAUAUAGCGGAUUUACAAUGCCGUUUUACAAGCGCAUGCUAAAUAAAAAAUUAGUCAUGAAGGAUAUAGAAUCCAUUGAUCCAGAAUUUUAUAAAUCCCUUGUAUGGAUUAAGGAAAAUAACAUUGAUGAGUGCGGCCUAGAAUUAUAUUACAGUGUGGAUUUUGAGAUUCUUGGUCAAGUAAUACAUCAUGAGUUAAAAGAUGGUGGUGAUAAAGUUAGGGUAGGCGAAGACAAUAAAGAAGAAUAUAUCAGGUUAAUGACAGAAUGGAGAAUGACAAGGGGCAUAGAAGAACAAACAAAAGCAUUUUUGGAAGGCUUCAAUUCAGUUGUACCUCUCGAAUGGCUGAAAUAUUUUGAUGAACGCGAACUAGAACUUAUGCUUUGUGGGAUGCAGGAAAUAGAUGUCGAAGACUGGCAACGCAAUACUAUUUAUAGACAUUACACUCGAAAUAGUAAACAGAUUCUGUGGUUUUGGCAGUUUGUAACAAGAACAGAUAGUGAAAAAAGGGCUAGAUUAUUGCAGUUUGUAACUGGUACUUGCCGUGUACCUGUCGGUGGAUUUGCCGAAUUAAUGGGAAGCAAUGGUCCACAAAGAUUUUGUAUUGAAAAAUUUGGAAAGGAUACCUGGUUACCAAGAUCACAUACUUGUUUCAACAGAUUAGACUUGCCACCCUACAAAAGUUAUGACCAAUUAGUGGAGAAAUUAAAUUAUGCGAUUGAAGAAACAGAAGGUUUUGGCCAAGAAUAAUUGUAAUAAUGCUAAUUAAUGGUAUAUAGUAGGUAUGCUACAUAUUAUGUAUAGUGGAUGAUACAAACAAAAUUUAGAAUAGCGCUAUAAAUCAAUGGUGAAAUGGAGUUUAUGCUACAUCUGAAAUUUGUUGGGGAUAACUAUUAUAUAUUAACAGAGUAAAAGUUGCAAAUAAUUAAAAAUGUUUAUAAGUACGUUGCUUGAAAGAUUUGUAUGAGGCAUCGUAAUAAUUUUAUGCAAAGAUAACAAUAAUCUAAAUUAAUAUCAAUAUAUUCCAACCUAUUUCAUAUCUUAUUGACAUUUUCUACUUGUAACACAUGAAAAUUGCAUAAAACGUUAAUAAGACAUGAAAUUUAAUAAAGUUCAUAAUGCAUACAUGUAUAUGUAUAUAUGUAUGUGCAUAUGUAUGUAUAUAUAAAUAUAAUAGAGAAAAUUAGAUGAGAAUAUGUAUGUACAAUGUGUUUCUCUUUGUAACAUAUGCACGCAUUAACCAAAACAAAUUAUUUCAAUAUAUUAUUUCAAUAUUUUAAAAAAUUGAUUUAUCUUUAUUUAAAAAAAUAAUAUGUAUAAUAGAAUAUUGUAACCCAGUUUAUAUACAACACAAUUUACCAAUUUGUGUUUGUUACAAUUUACAAGUCAUAAUUCUAUAUACAAAAAUAAUUGAAAUUUAUGUAUUAUAUAUUAAUGUAAUAUCUUUUACUAUAUUUUAAUAUAUUUUAAAGCCUAAAUACAUAUAGAUUUCGAAAAUUCUUUCUCUUUCAUAAUAUAUAAUAUACUGUACAUAUUGAAUUUAUAAAUAAUUAUAACACACACAUAUAACGUAUUAUAGAUGAUCAAUUUUAUCCUGAGAAGUCCACAGGUAAAUUGUAGCAGUAAUUAUCUUUUCUAUAUAGCAGAUAUCAAAAUUAUAUCUGAAUAUAGACAGAUAAUAGAUAUCUGCUACAUAUAAAUAGCCAAGCAAAAUAAAAAAGCCAAUUACUGUUAACAUUUAGUGUUUGUCGUAUAUACUCCAUGUUAGUGUUAUCAUUUAUAAAACCUAUUGGCAUAUUGCAUGUUGCCUUUUUAAUGUGUGUGUAACACACGUGUGAAGUUACCUUGAAAAAAAUAUAUCAAUAUUUUUUAAUGUAUUUACAAUACAACGAAAAUAUUAAGACUUCUGGGAUUGUGAUCUUAAACUUGUGUAUUUGUUUAUUAAUAAUUUGUAUACACACACAACAUAUCUAUGCAGUAUACACAUAAUUAUUUGUAUUUGCGAUUGUAUAAAGAUGUGUAUAAUGCAUUAGACAGUUAUUUAAAUAUGUAAUAUCUGGUUUUAUGAAGAUUGAUAUAAGAUUUAUUUAUGCAUUAUCAGAUUAGAAAUAGAAAAGUGGUAUGUACCACUCAUCAUAUUAUUUAUGUUAGGCAUUCUUUUCUGAAAACAAAAAAUAUGUAAAUUGGAUUAAAAAUGUCUUGCAUAAGAUCUAUUCUUGCAAUGUGCUUAAUAUAUUGCUAUCAUAAUUUAACACCAUUACAUUCUUUUAUCUUGUAGAAUUGAUUUGUACACAUAUUUAUAGAUAACUUCAAUUUUUUAUUGCAUCCAUUUUAUUUUAUAUUUUUCAUAUUUUAUUUGUUUUUAACAUACAAAAGAAGAAAAUGAAAAGGCAAUGUCAUUUCACAAAUUUAAAAUUAGAAAAACUACUUUAUUUUGGAAUCCCUAUAUGUAUAUAAAAUUACAGAACAAUUAUAAAAUUAAAAUUAUAUAAAUCAAAUCAUUUGUGUCUUUCUUUAUAUAAUAUUUAUUUCAAAAAUUUGUUUUAAAACUUUCAAAAUCAGUAUAGCUUCAAAUGUGUUGUGCAGAUGCACUUGUGCUGCAUAUGGUAUGUGGAUAUUAUGAUUAUCCUCCAAUUUUAUAUAUAUAUAUAUAUAUAUAUAUAUAUAUAUAUAUACACACACACCUAAUAAUAGAUAAUAAAUAUUUAACAAUUGAAGUUGUCAUAUAAAAACAGGUCAAAUUUUUAGCAGUGAUAAUAUCGUUUAUCAUUUCCAACGACUUUACUUUUCCAAGUGAGA